AUGUCAGAAGACAAACAAGAGGAGAAGAAUAAUGCUUGGAAUAUGCUGGCUCGUGAAUUAAAUGCGAUGGAAAAAUAUAAGCCACCCAAAACAAGUCAAGAAUGGAUCAAAACCUGGAAGGGAAUGCAAAGUCACGCAAAAAAAGCUGCAACUAAGAUUAAGAAAGAUGUAGACGAAACAGGGGGUGGUCCUGGGAGCGGAGCUCAACUGACUAGUAGACAAGAGCGUAUCAUAGCUCUGAUUGCUCCUCGCGUAAGAGGCAUUUUACAAAAAGGUGCAAAUUGUUCGACAGUGUUGGGGGCAGUGCACGAUCAUAAAUAUGCUAAUUUAAGCAAGAUGAUUCAUGAUCGAAUUGCAGAUGCGCAAAUAGAAAGCGAUAGCAGCAAUUUUUCAUAUAAUUCUUCAGACGAAGAAAAUUCAAUUUCGGACAACUCUGUUCCGAAUGAAAUUCCUGCUAAUCAAUCGUUAAAUACUGCGUUUCCGGCGUUUCCAAAGACAGCAAAAAUUAAUAGAGUAGAGAAUAAGGCAUCAGGUCCUUCUUAUGCUAAUCCCACUCCUGGCCCAUCUUUUGCGAAUACUGCAGCAGAUCAUUAUGCUAAUCCCACUCCUGGCCCGUCUUUUGCGAAUACUGCAGCAGAUCAUUAUGCUAAUCCCACUCCUGGCCCGUCUUUUGCGAAUACUGCAGCAGAUCAUUAUGCUAAUCCCACUCCUGGCCCGUCUUUUGCGAAUACUGCAGCAGAUCAUUAUGCUAAUCCCACUCCUGGCCCGUCUUUUGCGAAUACUGCAGCAGAUCAUUAUGUGAAUCCCACUCCAGGCUCUUCUAGCUGUAAGACUGCAACAAAACCUUCUUGUGUGGCUCCUAUUCCAGGUUCUUCUAAUGUAAAAACUAUAUCCAGUCGUACUUUGUCCUGUAGUGGAUCAUAUAAUGGUCAAAAGUCUGUGAUUAAAAGAAAUCAACAAUAUGGCAAAACGAGGUCUCCCUUUGGCAAUACAUCGAGCCGCGUCACAAAAAUGACUACGAAUAAUAAUGAACCAAGGAUUUCCUUUGCCUUCUCAGGCGGAAAUGAUAAGAGAUCUGAUCCUUGCACUGCUAGUAAAGUUACUUCCCCGACUAAAGAGGUAUGAUAAGUAAAGUGUGUAUUACUGUUUUUAUACUUUAUAAAAGUCAAUUCAGUUAAUUUUAAUGUUUCAUCAUAACAUAAUUUUCUUUUAUAGUUCAAUAUUGCGUACAUUUUAGAAUUUUGUAUUUCCUACAUUUUCUGACAAAUAAUUUUUUCUAAACCUCUAUAGGAAUAUAAACAACGUUGUCAGGCUUUGGAAAAAGAAAAUAAAAUAUUGAAGAAUCGCAUUGAAACCUUGGAAAAGCGAGGAGGCGUUCAUUUUCAUUUUUCAUUCAACCAAACCUGAAUAUCCGAAAGAGACUUAUGCGUUUUCUAUGGGCCAGUUAUGACAUUUUGUUUUGUUUCAGUGAAUUUCUAAAAAUGAACUUUCUGCUUUGUAAUAAAAACAAACAUUUUGGAAAUUGAAUUAUAAAAAAAGAAAUGGAAGUAAUAGUA